UUGGAUAUGGCAUACUUACCCCAUAUUAUGUAAAAUACUUGUAUGUAUAUGGGAAAUACCCAUACUUAUAUUGUUUAAUUAAUUUAAUUGAGUCAGAGGUCUGUCUUUCAGGUACGAUGUGCAGCAGCUGGUCAGCACAAACAGAAGCACCGAAGAAAUUAAAGAUCAUUACUACCGUUACUACUUAAAUGGCAGAAUCGGCCAGGUGACGUUGAACGUUUUGCAGUACGAGGCCCCCGUUAAAGACCAUACAACGGAUAUUGAUCAAGCAGACGAGAAAGAAGAUGCUGUCAUCGUUUCGCCGCCGGCCAAAGACAGCGCUUACAAGAUCAACCCUGAUGAUCUUCGCAUGUUGGCAUAUAUGCCUCAUCGCGACGACUUUGAAAUGGAGUACCGAAACGAUGCCGAGACAGUCAUAUCAAAUGUUCUGUUUUUCAUUAACGACGACCAGUUGGACAGAGAGCUGAAGCUGACUUUGAUAGACAUGUACAUAAGGAAUCUCAUAGAAAGACGUCGUCGCAAGAGGCUCUCGCGUGAUUACAACUUAGUGUACAAUUUUUUCAAGGAAGAGAAGCCCCAGGGUGGCAGUACUGUUUACCUUUAUCCUCCGUCAGCGAUGCGUCUGAUGAAAAGGGAAAAGGAUCUCCGAGCAACUUUAAAAAAGUUUGCUCAAUUUUUACCAUGUGCCAAGUUCGACGAAUUGGUGUCUAACAUAAUAAAGGAAAGAACCUUAAAGCAGAGAAUCGAAGAGCUUCAGGAAUACAGUCGAAAUGGAGUGAAGUCACUGAAGGGUAAAAGAAAAUUCGAUCUCUGCACUCCUUUGAAGCGAAAAAGGAGAAAGAAGGAAAUUGCUAUGAAGGUUGAACAGAUCAUUGCUACUCAAAUACCAUGUUUAGUGCGUGGCUACUUUUGCAUGUGCAAGAAUAGGCCCAUUUUGAUCAUCUGA